UUCCCACGUCAACGAGACCCGCGCCCGUCAUCCUCCCUUUUCGACUCCUAUGGCGGCGGUGCCAGUUCCCGACCCGCGAGCAGAUCUCCUGCCUCGGUAGGUGGAUACGGAUAUGGAGGCUACGCGGGACCAGCAGCGACUGCGUACCCUAAUACGAAUGGAAAUGCUGGAUUUCGCAGUGUGACACCUGAUAAGAAGGGCCAUUACUCCGACGCGGUUCUCUCGUCGCUCGAAUCGCAGAAUGAUGCCGAAGUUGAAGGAAUUACGGCCAAAGUGAAGAUGUUGAAGGAUAUGACGAUAGCAAUCGGCGAUGAAAUCCGCGACACCUCCUACAUCAACACACUCGAAAAUUCUUUCGAAAGCACUCGCGUCCGAUUACGUGGGAACAUGACUCGGAUGCUUCGCAUGGCCGAGCGAACUGGCAUCAGCUGGAAAGUCUGGCUGGCCUUCUUCUUUGCCGUGUUCCUGCUUUUCUUCUACGUGUGGUUGUUCUGA